UUGAUGCGUUUGAUCUCUUCCUUGAAAGAAUGGCCAAUGAUACCCCUGUUAUUAUCAUCAUCAAAUUUGGGAAAAUCAAAGGGUUCCACUCAAACACGAUAUCAUUUGGUACAGCUCUGUACGCAACAAAGGUGUAUAUCAAUGAGGCCAUUCCAGCUGUUCAUGAAUUCAAGGAAAGUUUAAAAGAAAAGGUUGGUAAUGACGAAGCAAAACUGAAGAUGGCUUCUGUCUCCACUCAAACUGUUGUCAGUUCUCCAGCAUCUUUCUUUGAUCCUUGUGUUAGGGUAACUUUGGACGAGCUUCCUCGAAUUACCAAGCUUUCGCAAUGCCAAGGAAGAAAAAGCAGGCUGCUACACGAGCAACCAAAUCGUCCAAUGAUGCUGAAAACGUCACCACUUUCAACAGCCAUGUUCGAGUUAACACAAACUUCCAAACCGCAACUACAAGAAUCCCUUUGUCUGAUGUUACAAACACAUAUUCUGCUGAUAGACUUAGAGCUGCUAAUGCGAGGAAGAUAAGAAAAAACAUAUUGUCUCAAAAGACAAAGAGGUCAGUGAUGACUCCACAACUCCCUCAUAUCCUUACGGAUCCUCCUUUGCGUAAUGUUCGUGCAAGGAUUCUAUCUAAUGCUGCCAUUAAUCAAUCCCUUCCAAACAAUGAAGACCUGUCCAACGAAAACCACACUAAUCAGCCUCUACAUAAUGCCAUUACUACUCCAUCUACUAGAAUAAGUAGAAUGAAAACUAAAUUUUAUAAAGGAUCUUCAUCAACCAGUUCAAGAAAUGAUGAUUGCGAUCAGGAAGUGUCAGCUACCCCCGUACCAGUCAUAUACAAUCCAUAUAUACAAUCCCCGCCAAGCAAUGGUAGUACGUUCAGAUCUUCAACUCGCCUAUCCGCUGGUGCAUACAAGCUUAAAGGGGGUAAUAUCACCUCAAGAAGCACUGAUCCUGUUCGACUCGAUUAUGAAGAUACUGAUAAUGAUGAUGAUGACGUUAUAGAAGGAAUUUCGAUCAGAAGAAUAUCUCGACCAUGGUGA